AUGAAGGAAUCUUCUGCUUCUCCUUUUAGUAAAAUUGGUCCAAUCCACUUCCAUUGGAUUCUUCUUUCUUUAUCUGAUCUCACUUCAAUAUUACAGCUGUUAAUGCAGAUAUUGGCACAUCUGGAGUCGCUCUCAUGGAGGGAUCUCCUCUAUGUUAUUUAUGGACAUUAUGUCUCUCAGCUCCAUCUUAAUUUUAGGAUAUAUCCCAGUAUAGAUUAUUGUACUUGCAGAUUCGGAUAA